AUGUUAACUUCGCGUGUCACGGACUUUUGUCAACGAGUACUAAAGUUCUGGUUUUCAAACGAUCGUUGGAUGUCAUUGGAUCAUCCGCCGGAUAAAAAUACGCCAAUUAGCGGAACGGUUGUCAUGCGGUGGUUUGCUGUCUCGAAAGAAUUUGAUCAACAAAUACGAGACAAUUUUCAAGAAGAUUUACUUUACCUACUGAACAACCACGAACAAGUUUCUGCUACUGUCCAUCAUCCUGUAUAUGCCUUAGCCUGUGUAAUUGCGUUUGAUCAAUUCCCGCGAAAUAUAUACCGUGGUGAUGCACGUGCAUUUUCAUUUGAUGACAAAGCCAAAGCACUAAGCGAGUCAUUGAUCGCUCAUCAAGGUGAUAAACGGUUACCGUACGUCGAACGCACCUUUAUUUAUCUACCAUUUGAACACAGCGAAAACCUUGAUGAUCAAGAUAGAGCUGUAGAACACUUUCGUAGUUUGAGUUUAUCAGAGCCGCGGAACAACAUCGUGAUAUAA